AUGGAUAGCACCAAACCACAUGACUUGACAGCACCUAUUAGAAAAUCAUUUAAGGAAACACACCAAUCAGAGUCUGAAGGAUGGGAAUCUUCAAAAGAUCUGAGAAGACAGCUUGGACAUUUAGAAUCAGAACUUUCACUUCUAAAUACCAUGUUUGGCAUCAGCAUACGAAAGUACUGUAAGAAAACAGAGGACCUAACAAGCACUAAGAUAACAGAAAAAAAUACAAAGAAAAUUCUACAAAACCACAGAUUAUCAGGAAAUUGUCUCACGGUUACUUUUCAGCUUGAAUUUCAGAUUCUGGAAAUUCAGAAUGAAGAAAACUUAUCUUCUGUUAUUACUGACCUGAAUAUAAUAAUGGAACCCACAGAGUAUUCAGAAUUAAGUGAAUUUGUAUCUAGAGCUGAAGAAAGAAGAGAUCUUUUCAUGUUUUUCAGAAGCCUGCACUUUUUUGUGGAGUGGUGCGACUAUCGUAAGCGCACAUUUAAACAUUUCAAGGAAAAAUAUCCAGAUGUUGUGCAACUCCCUGAAGGCACCGCCUCUAGCUGCAUGGGAAUCCAGAGCCCCAGCUGGCCUGGAUUUGAAUUAGUAAUCGUUUGGAGGAUACAAAUAGAUGAUGAAGGGAAGGUUUUGCCAAAGCUGGAUCUUUUAACCAAAAUCCCACUGGAAGCCCUGGAGCUGGAUAAGAAGAAAAUCAUAGAAAGUGCUCCACUCAGCUUCCAGACCCUGCUACGAGUGGUUGGAAUUGAAGCUUCUCUAGAAACCCUGAUAAAAUUAUUUUUCAACACAAAAGAAUGA